CAAAAAAAUGGAGCAUAAUAAAGAGAUCGACGAGCGACAUGGCACCAACAAACGCUAUACAGAGCCGCAAGUAAGCACCUGGUUUAAUGUCAAGAAUCAAGAUUAAUGACAGUAGGCGCCGGGAGGAAUCAAUGAUCGGUAGAUUAGCAUAAAAUGCAUAUAAACCUCUCCCCCUGGCCUCUUCAAAGAAGGCAAGAGCAGCCAUGGACGUUUUCUCAACUCCUGCUCAUUUUCAACCUCUGAAUUCACUCCUUAAUGGCGACUCAUCCAAACCCAAGCUCCGGAAUGUCCGUUCUUCCAUACCCAGUUCAUUACCCGGGCCGUUACUUCACGCCGCACCAUCAAAAUCCAGGCUUUCCUCUUCUUCCCCUGUUUCAGUGGCAUCGCCGCUCGAACCAGCAAUUGACGUCGCCGCCGGCGAGGAGAAGUUCGACUGGUACUCGCAAUGGUACCCGGUGAUGCCGGUCUGCGAUCUGGACAAGAGGGAACCACAUGCGAAGCAGGUAUUGGGGAUGGAUGUGGUGGUGUGGUGGGACAGGAACGAGAAUGCAUGGAAGGUGUUCGACGAUAUGUGUCCUCACCGCCUGGCUCCGCUGUCUGAAGGAAGGAUCGAUCCGUCGGGAAGGCUGCAAUGCGCUUAUCAUGGCUGGUGUUUUGAUGGCAAUGGCAACUGCAAGCUCAUCCCUCAAUCGCCUCUCGACGGCCCUUCUGUGCACACCAACAAAAGGGCUUGUGUUGCUUCUUAUCCAACCGUAGUGCAUCAUGACAUGGUGUGGUUUUGGCCCAACUCUGAUCCUCAAUACAGAAACAUCUUUGACAAGAAGAAGCCUCCAUUCAUUCCGGAGUUGGAUGAUCCUGCAUUCACUAAGGUGAUGGCAAUCAGGGAUAUUCCUUAUGGGUAAAUGCUAAAAUCUCCAUUGCUGUGCAUUUUGUUUGAGAGUUUCUUUGUCGAGGUUUUGAAAUUUAAGAAAUGGGUUUCUCUCUUUUGGGGGGCCAUUGCUAGGUAUGAUAUACUGAUCGAGAACCUUAUGGAUCCUGCUCAUCUUCCCUAUGCACAUUAUGGACUGGCACUAACAAAGCCAUUCAAGGAACAACGUGAUAGAGAAGGGGGAAUACCACUUGAUUUCACAUUGAAGAAGCUUGGUAUCGAAGGAUUCGAUGCAGAACUAGAAUUCGGCUACUGUAAAUACCAGGCACCCUGCAUCCUUUCUAUCCACGCUGAUGUAGAUUCUGGAACCAAGAUGCCAUCUAAAGGCAGGCGGAGGAUGACACUGACAUUCAUGUGCGUUCCAGUGAGUCCUGGCAAUAGCAGACUAAUCUGGGCUUUCCCAAGAAACUUUGAUAUUUGGAUUGACAAGGUUGUACCCAGAUGGAUGAUCCACGUAGCAAACAACCUGGUUCUUGAUUCCGAUCUAUACCUUCUUCAUAUCGAGGAAAGGAAAAUCAAGGAAAUUGGCUCGAAGAACUGGCAGAGAGCAUGUUUCUUGCCUUGCAAGUCAGAUGCUCUGGUUGUUGGCUACAGAAGAUGGUUCAACAAAUACGCUGAUGGUGAAGUUGAUUGGAGGGGCAGAUUCAGUGGUGAUCUCCCUCCGACGCCUCCAAGAGAACAACUCAUGGAUCGGUACUGGACUCAUGUCGUAAACUGUCGAAGUUGCAGUCGUGCAUAUAAGAGCCUGAAUGCUAUGGCGACGGUUCUCGAGGUCGUCGCCAUUGGAUUGAUCGGCGUUGUUGCUGCUGCAACUAAGCAAGGGGCAGUUUCAGCAGCAGGAAGAACUAGACUGGCCAUAUUGGGUUCAGUUUGUUAUGCGGUUUCAAGGUGGUUAGCCCAUUUUGUUCAGAAAUACUUUCGUUACCACGGCUACAAUCAUUCGGUUCCUGAUAAAGCCAUGGUCUUUGUUCAAAUGUUCCGCCUAGGCGUUGCUCCGUAGCCUUUUGAGCACAAGGGCUGUAGGCUAGUUAGGCCCAUGUUUCGGCCCGCGACAUUAGGGCCCAUCUAUGUAUUUUUUUUUUCCCAGCCCGAAAUGGAAGGGGAAUAAACCAGUUGUGUCCCAGUCUAGUCAUAUUACAUACGGAACUGGCAUAACAGUAUAAAUCUGUUUGACAAUAUGAUCGUG